UAAUUGGAUCUCCGGUUCACCUCCAAUAGCCGGUUCCCUUCACCUCACACUCCCUUUCAUUAUCUACACAAAUCCCACUAUAAAUACUUGUCUCCUUCAAUACUAAUCUUUCUCACGUUCCCCUAUAUUAGUCUUUUUACCCACACCAUCCUCCACUAUUUACAUUUUUGCCACUCCUCAACUUAUGUAAGCUUUAAAACAAUCGUUAAAACAAUGAAGAACGGUAACAGGAAAGCAACGCCGGAAACAGAGAAGUCUCACCGGAGAAAACUCUCGGAUAAAGCGAUGUCGUUUCACGGAAGAGGAACAACGCCGUUAUCGAACCCGGGCGAGCUUCGGCGACCGAAGACGUUACCGGAGCUAUUCUCAACCGGUGGUCAAAGCAUCACCGGACCUGAUAAUACGGCUUCGUUCCCGCCGCGUCUGACGAAACUGUUACUAAACGUGACGGUUCAAGGGAGUUUAGGAGCUGUUCAGAUUAUCAUCUCGCCGGAAUCCACCGUGAGCGACUUAAUCGACGCCGCGAUUCGUCAGUAUGUUAAAGAAGCUCGCCGGCCUUUCUUACCGGAAUCUGAACCGUCGGGGUUUGAUCUUCAUUACUCUCAGUUUAGUCUUGAGAGUAUCGGAAGAGAGGAGAAACUGAUAUCACUUGGUUCAAGAAACUUUUUCUUGUGUGGCCGGAAAAAUAACGCCGGCGGUGGUGGUUCGUCGUCGUCGGAAUCUUGUUCGAAGGAAGCUGAGAAAGUGGCUAAAACUAGUUUCCAUUGGCUCAAAUUUAUUGGCUUCUAGAAGUUUUAAACAUUUUGGAUCAUUAUUGCUUUUUUUUUUCCAAAUUUGUUUCAACUUUUAUUUAUUUUCUAGGAAGAAAUAUAUAUAUUUUUAUUUGGUAAUCUGUAUAUAUAAUUCAUCAUAAAUUAGUGGUACAUAAUGUCUUUUUUUUUUUAA